AUGGAGACUGUGAGGAGGAAGAAGUCCGACGUGACUCGGAUCUUCUGGCCCAAGGAGAGCGCAGAGCAGGGAAUGGGGCUGCUGGUAGGAUGGAACGUCCAUUCUUUCACUGCCUGCGUCGCCCUGGUCGUAAGGGACGUGCACCUGUCUCUGUUGAGCAAGGCGUUGCUGGUCAUGGCGCGCUCCUCCCGUUACUCGCACCUCUUCUUCGAGUGUGGGGGGCCGCCAGGCCUGCUAGGGGAGUACAAGGGGGAGGGAGGGGCGAGGAGACAGUCCCACUCGAUCAAGCUCAUCAGGCAGACGGCAAACUUCUGGCUGACGUUGGACAAGCACCUGAACCGACCUCGGCUCUGUGACAUUCACUGCUGCGGCUUCCGCUACAGCCAUGCCUCUGACUUCGAGAAGGCGCUGAUGCAGAUCAACGAGUCCUUCCUGGUUGAGCAGGUGCUGACGGAAGUGAUCGGGAGGCUCCAGAGCGGCUCGCUUCCCUCCCUGCUCCUGCGGGAGGUUGGGACGUGGGAGCUGGAGGCUCGGGCAGAGACAGUAGCAAUGAGCCCCAACACACACGGGCUGCUGCAGUACCCGAGGGUUGAAACCAUGCCCUUCAAGCAGGUCGCUCCAGGCAGCGGUGGCGGCGGUAGUGGCAGGCAGGGAAGCAGCGUCGUUAUGAUGCUAUGGGCGCCGGUGGAGCUUCUGAACGAGCUGGCGGGGAACAUCGGGUACGCAGGGGUCACCGGGAUCAUACACGGGAUCUGCAUCGCGAUGCUCGUGUUCAAGCUCUGGCUGUCGCUCCUUCACCGCACCCUCGACCUUCCCAUCCUCCCCUGCUGGAUGCUUGCCGGUUUCGAUGUGAACAGCGGGAAUGUGAACAGGAAGGGAGACAACUACGUCCGUAUCCGACAGAUCUCCGCCCUCGGCCGACAGCUUCACCAGCGCAUUGAGCUGCUCGCUGCCUCUCCUAUCAUGUCGCCAUCUGCAUGGACCCUGUUGCAGGUGUGCAUGGUCGGAUUUGACCUCCUCCUCGGCCUCGCCUCCUGCUACUACAGCCUUACGCAUGCUCGAGAGCUCCUGGAGUCGACCGCCGCCAUGGCGGAGUGGCAGAGCCACGUCAUUCUGCAGGGGAUCCGUUGGCUCAUGGGAGUCCCAGCUGGACUCAAGCUGAAUGACAACCUCGACUACUGCAUCGGAAACCUGUGCAUCCUUGGGGUCGAGUGCUACAAAGUCAUGUUCAGCUGGACUUCAGGUCUGCGCCCUUGGCUCCUGCUGGUGACGGCAGUGUCGGGAGUUUUCGGCAUGUCAAUCAUGCUCUCGCUCAUCUCCGACCUGAUCUCCUUCUUCACCUUCCACGUCUACUUGUUCUACUCGCUCUCGGCCCGCUGGCAUGGCGUGCAGACGCGGGUGCUAUCGUCGCUGUGGCGGCUCUUCCGGGGGAAGAAGAAGAACGUCCUGAGGGGGAGGAUAGACGCCUGCGACUACUCGCUGGACCAGCUGCUCCUUGGGACCAUGCUCUUCACCCUGCUGGUUUUCCUCUUCCCAACUACCUUCGUCUACUACCUCUUCUUCUUCCUCCUGAACUUCACCGUCAGCGUCGUCCAGACUGCCAUCCGUCUUAUCGUCUCUGUCCUCAAUCACUUUCCCCUCUUCUCCGUCCUCCUUCGCCUCCUCGACCCUUCCCAUCUCCCAGGAGGCGCUCGGCUCGAACUUCUCAGGUACCCGGACCACGUGAAGGGGCUGGGAGCGAAAGAGGAGGAAGAAACUAGUCAGUCCUCCCCGCUCCUUCAUCUCCUCCCCAAGGUCCUGUCCAAGUUCUUGCCGCUGCAUCUGGAGCCCGAGAAAGUGCCCGCAGCGUCUGUUCUCUCCUCCUUCUCCGAGGAGCAGGUGGGGAUGAACAAGAGCUCCAGCAUGCCCGACCUCUCCCUCCCCGGCGGCUCCUUCGACCUGGGCUCGCAUGCUCGUGGGAGCGGCUUCACGUCGGAGAGCUGGAGAGACGAGCAACCGUCGCCGCUGCGGGCGAACGAGAGGAAGCGAUCGUCGCUGGUGGGGAGGUCGAGCUACUUCACGCUUCAGAAUCGAGCUCUACCUGUGAACUUCCUCUUUCAGAAGCACAUGACGAGAAUCGCUGCCGUCAUCUCACAGUAA